AUGCGCUUCGCGGUAUACGGGGUUGCAUCUGCAACUAUAAACCUCGCACUGGGCGCAUCCGAGCAGUACCCGCUCGGUGCCGCCGUCGAGGGACCACAGAGUUCGCUGUGGCAACUCAAUUUCUCGUCACCCGCGCCCUAUCUCUUCUCGUCCGCGUCUUCGUUCCUGCAGCAAUGGGGCAACACUUUCUUCCCAAACGGGCACAGCAUCGUCCCCUGCGAGAUCCCCGCCUAUACGCUCUUCUACCACGGCCGCCUCGACGAUGAGGCGCCGCCGAGCCCGGAAUGGUUGGCUUUCGACAUCGAGAUGUCGUACGGGAUCAUGGGAAGCACACGGAGCUCCCACAUGCUCACGUACCAGACGACCAAGCCGAUCAGGGCUCUCUACUUCGAUGGGGAGUCGGCCACCUUGAUGGGCCUGGGCCAGCUCGACACGCAGAUGUUGCACGUGUUCGGCAACGUCACCGGUCCCGAGCACGAUGGCUGGGGUCUUUGGGAGGAAUACGCCCGCGCCUCCGGCCUGUGCGACUGGCUGGAGGCGGCCGGUCUCCGGGGCCGCGGCUGGGGUUACGAGGGCGUCGUCCGCAUGAACGCCGGCUUCGAGAUGAUCUGGUGCGACUUCACGAGCCCCAGCCUCAAGCUGCUGAGCCGCCUCAACGUAACGGCUCCGCAGCUGCCAAAGGAGAAGGAGGAUGAAGACAAUGAUCAUGACGGUGGAAGGCGGGAGGCACCCGUGCAAGCUGAGCAGGAGAGUUCUUACUACUCGUUGCCGCCCGCGCCGACGCGGACAGAUCACUCGACGGAUCCGACGGACCCCCCGCGGCCGCCCAACUGGAGGUGGGAGAUCGACCGGGAGCCCUUUCUCAGGUCGCAGGGCUGGGGCUGGUUCUCCAGCGCGACAUAUCACUAUGGGGAAUCGCGAAACAGCCCCGGUCUCGGCGAAGUCCGGGCGAAAGUCAGCAACUGCGGCAUCCUGUCGUACUACUCUCCCAGGCUCGCAAACCUGACCAGAGUUAGGGCGGAGACGGAACGAGAGCUGUACAACCUCACCAGCGAGGGAUUUUGGGAGGGCGAGGGACCAGAGGGAAACCGUACGGCCGCCCUAACGGAGAUCGCCAGACGAAGACGGUACCAUCACCUGGAGGAUGUCACGGCUGAAGAGGCAGGCUUGAUGCGCAACAACUCGGAGCGGGUCCUGAAGGAGUUAUUGAGCGAUGGCGCGGGCUGCUCAGGGGCAGACUGGGUGUACAUGAUGAACGAAAUCACGCAGAAUGCCGGCAGGAGCAUGAAAGAGCUAGCACAGAUCCUGAGCUCGUACGCGGACUACUCGCACAAUGACACGGGGAUCAAGAGCUGGAUGUCCACCUUGCGAUCGCAGGCCCAUUCAUUCUCCGUCGCGUUCCUGGAGUACCCGUCGAACUAUCAACCGUCCGCCUGGAGGACGGACUCGCAACUGUAUGCGGAGACGUAUUCCCGAUGCCGGUACCGCUACACGAGGCUGAUGGCGCCCUCCGAGGGGCUCAUUCUCAGCCCCGAAGAGCGUGACCUGCAGUGGGCGGUCGAGGAGACCUACGGCGCCAUCUGCUCCGUCCUGCUGACCGUCGGGUUCCAGGUCGAGGCACGCUGGGCUGCGGAUUUCAACGGGGCCGACUCGGGCGCAGAUGGCAAGGCUGUCGGUCUCGAGCACUACGCGCGGCUGGCCGCUUCUUGGAGCGACGGUGUCCAGCAGCUGGUGGCCUGGCUGGGCUGGGAAGACAAGUUCACGGGGUGUGCCGAGGUGUGCGCCUGGGACGAGCGCUGCUACAUCCCCAUGUGGCCGCUGAUGGCAUGGGGGCCCCCGGGCGGCAGGCGGCCGCCGCGAGGGAACGGGACGCAUGGGUACCCACCACCACCUCGUUAUCCGCCGUACGGGUACGCGCCAUACGGAGACGGGCCCCCUCGCCGGGGGCCGGGCGGACCCGGCGGGAAGCGUCCGCGAGGCCGGGGCUCCUGGUUCAUGGGGGACGAGACGGAGCUGUGGGAGCCGCGAUGUGCCAAGACGGCGCAUUUCAUGGGGUCCUAG